AGGUGUAUGUUAUGGUAUGCAAACACUGCCAAGUGUAUGUAUGGUCAUACUCUGACCAUGCCAUACAUACAACACACACCGUACCGUGCGUGUACAUGUACGUACAUGUACAGUACAUACCGUCACGAACAAGGACACAAUGGGUCGGUUUGAAGUAAUUUGACACGGGGACUGUCAUCAAACUUUACUCACGACCCAAGUAAUUCAAGGCCAGGUGCAGCGAACCGUUGGACCUUUCUUAUUCACAUCUGCUGUAUUUGCCAUCAGUGUUGCCGUUGUCCCCCCUCCUUAAGUGACGACGUAAAAGCCGACGACGCAAAUAGCACCUGUAAAUCCUCGCCGAUCGUGCCGUCACUCGUCAGCCACCGGGGAGUCCACGGCAACGAACGCGUAGCCCACGGCGGUCAGGCUGUGCUUCACAGGACUUGGUAUUUCUCUCUCCCGAGUGUGGUACACUACAUGUAAAUUCUCCAGGACCAACUCAUCGACAGUAACACUCCACGAUGCCUUUCGCCAAAACUUCCACCAUGCUCCUGGCCCUCUUUGUCGGCUUUGUCGGGCUGAUUUUGAAUGCCGUAUCCAUUGGUACACCGUUCUGGACUAGAGCAACAUACAGCGGGCCGGUGAGGACUUACUUCGUGAGCAACGACACGAUAUUGUCUCAGCCGCCGCCUAGAAUGUUGAUACGCAACAGCGGAUUGUGGAUUUUCUGUCAUUAUGUGUUGAAUGUGAAUUAUACCGAGUACGAGGAAACAGCAUCAGGGAGCGGUGAGCCGGAAGAUGCUUUGGUAGAAUGUGAUUCGUACAACUUCACAUUGGGCAUAAGCGCAGAUGCUCCGGGAGCAACGUACUUCAGUGUUCAGUUUUACUUAGAGAAAUGUGCCUGUGUCAUUGCCUGUGCAGCACUUGGGAUGGAGUUCUUUGGGGCCAUGACCAGCAUUCAAGGAACAUGGACCAUGCUUACGGUUCUGUUCACCGACAGUGGCAUCAUGUUCUUGAUAGGAGCCUUCUUCCAUCUCCUCAGCAUCUUGUUCUUCAUGGUCAGCUUCAUCUACGGCACCAAUGAGGUGCCGGAGGCCUUCUCGCCCUUCCCACCAGGCUACCAGCUCAACUAUGCCUGGUCCUUCUUCCUGGCCUGGGCCUCCUUCGGCCUGACGUUUCUGAGUGGGACGCUGUACCUGCUCAUUGCCCGGGCGUGGCAGCAGGAGGAGGUGUGGGAGGCGGUGCAGGCGGAGAAGCCGGGUGCCAACAAGAAGGAGGAGACAGUCAGCUCGCGGCGGAAACUCAUGGGCAAACUCUGAGAGGGGGGACGGAGACUGGAGAGACAGGUGCACAGUACUUUCCUUAAGUAUUCACCAAAAAAAUGCAUUGAUAGGAGGGAGCGAAGAUGUGGACUAACCCUGGAACCAAACUCCAAAAUAAAUGAUUAAGUGGGAUGAAACUGAAAGUGAACCUACAUGUAAAACCUCUCGAUGUCUAUUCCAGGAAGCUGGAAUUUGUAUUAUUGGUAACUGACAGUGAUGGCACUGGUGCAUUGUUGUCCAUUUCUUUGCUCAUCACUAACCACACUGAAAGCAACUCACAUUGGAUAUGAAUCUGUAUCACUGUUGUAAUCAUUAAUCAGUUCCACAAACCAUCACUAUGGACACGUAGGUGAUGAUCAAAGCAAUUUUGGGGGAGUUAAACUUUCAAAUGACAGGUAACUUACUGGGCAAGCAAGGUAUCUUACUGGGCAAGCAAUCUACUUCAUCCCCACUUGCAUCUGUGCAUUCUCAUGAUGAAGGCAUAUUCUAAUGGGCCUUUUUUCAGUGUUGGUAGAAACCUUAACAAUGCCAAUUUAUGUAAAAGGGCAGUCAGUGUAUGUGUACUUUAAUUGAAGACAGUCUGAGUAGUGUUUCUUCUUCACUUCAAAAAUUACCGAUUUGAAAAGAUUUAUACAAAUCAACACGUGUGCCAUGAAUACUUCUGUGACUGUGCCCCUGAAUUCCCGUUGGACUGGGCUCUUCCCUGAAUUAGUAACAUGGUCAACAGAGCUUGAGAAAAACUUGAGAAGUGGCCUGGCCACAUACAUUGUCCUUCUACAAUGUAGACCCUGAUUCACUUGUCUAAUCUUUCACUGUGUUUCUCAGUGCAACUUUUAGCUUUUUUUCAUAAACUCCCGAAUCGUCACCUAGAACGGACUAAUGUGAUAAUGUAAACUCGUGCUUCCAAAAGGACAUGUCAUUUCUAAACAGAGCUAUUCUAGUCUUUCAGUCUUGUUUAUAUGUACACAUAA